AGUAUUAGUGUUAAUUCAUGAUUGUUGAAUUCUUUUUUUGUUACUAAUAUUUUUCAAUUUUUUGUUAAAUUUUAAGUCUCAUAAACGUGUCUAUUUAAUUAUGUUACAUAAAUUCAUAUUCCUUGUAGCUGUGAUAUCAUUAAUUAGUGAUAGUGCAAAUGGACUGAUCAAAAGGUGCUAUCAAUGUAGAUCGCGCGGAGAUUUAGGAAGCUGUAAAGAUCCGUUUCGAUUUAAUGCAUCACAUAUUGACAUGGAACCUGGUGUAACAGCAAUUCCUUGUGCAAGCGGAUGGUGUGGAAAAGUCAUUGAAGGUGAAACGGGGGCAUUUAGAGAAGACGAUUUUGAUAUGGCAACACAAAGAAUGUGCGUCCAGAGAGGCCCAGAUGAUUCAGAAGAUCGUUGUGCUUACACAGUUUACAAUUAUAAAAAAGUGUUUAUGUGUUUUUGUCAAGGAGAUUUAUGUAAUAGUUCUGUUCAACAUCGCGGUAUAACAAAAGUUUUUAUAAUAUCAUCCUUUACGCUUUUUAUGGCAAAAAAAAUUAUUUCAAUAAACUUAUGA